GACAGAGUCGAGCGGAAAACUUGUUUAUGUAAACUUUCUGUCAAGUGAUUCGUGUUCGUGUUUCAAAAUAUCGUAGCCGAGAAAAUAACAAUCCACCGUGGUACGGACGCAGGUGUUGCAACUUUGCACGGUUAACUUAACCAGUCGAUUGGUUUAAAUUCAACAGGAAUUGAACUUUUGUCUGUUUUUAUUACUUGUAUAAAUAAUAAAAAAAGAAACGUUAAACAGGUGUGUAACGCGGUCAGUCGAAGUGUCUAUAUCAGUGCAUGUUUUGUGUUAAUUUUUGAAAUAAACGACAGUGUAAUUAAUUUUCUUUUACCGAAAUAUAAACAUGUUCACUUGUUGAGGUGUCUUUGUGUAAGUCAUCGAAUAACUGUGAUAAGGAUUGACACGAAUUGCGUGUUUAUUAUUGAACCCGUAGUAAAAUUGUGCCUAAACAUGUUCGUUAAUCUAAAAUAAUGAUAUCGUCCAACAGAGUGCAAGCGAUAAAAAGUAAAUUUGAAAAUUUGAACGUCGAAAACGUGCCGGUUGUUCGGAAACGAAUCGUUCCAAAACAGCUGUGUAUACAAAGUAAGGUCAGCGAGGUAGACAGUGAAAAUAUUUUCAAAGGAAACAUAAUUGAGCGAAAUGAAAUAUCGUUUAAGGAAAAAAGCAAUUGCGCUGAUUCAGACUCUAGUGACGAUAUAUCGCCUAAACCUAACCACAGCUAUUUGUACGGUGAAGUGAAAAGGACCGCUGGUGAUACGAAGAAAUUAUUAUCUCGCCAAACUAGUGAUCCUGGGAAGAAACUCCACAGAAGUCACGCAUUCCGUUGUGACAGGAGCCAGAAAAUCAAUGACACACCCAAAAGGCAUGGGAGUUGCAACGGUAGGUCAGAAUCUGGAGAUUUCACAUUAAAAAUGGGUGAUAAGAAACUUAGUAAAGAUAGAUUGAGACGUCUCGGGAAUUUGUUGGAAGAUCAAAUGAAAAAAGAAAAUUUCAAAGUCAACAAUGAAAUAUUUGUCGGUGAAAUUAAAAUGGUUAGAACUGACGGCAAUUCAAUACCUGAUUCUCAAGUGCCAAAGCACAUUUUGGAUCAGUACGCUAAAGUUAUUAAAAAGAAAGAGGUUGAUAAACAGGAUGCUAUGACAGACAGUGGUGUUAGUUCUGAAACUGAAAAUUUGGAGGAGGAAAAAUGCAGUAAAAUCAAACAACUCAUGUCUCAUUAUGAGAAACCUGAUAUAACUCAAACACGUAAUGUGCCAGAAAUAGAAAAAAACACUAAUGAAACUGAAAAUGCGGUUAUCAAUGUUGAUGAUCAAACAAAUUUGGAAUUAAUGAAUGAUCUUUGUGCAUCCAGUGAGACAAUGAAACUGGAACGUAAGAACCCUCAUUUAGUUUUAACCGACACCCUUAAAAAGGCUCUGAAACAACCAUUACCUGCAGGUCCUCCACCUAAGAAACCACCUCGCAUAUUCACAGCUCCCAUUCCUGAAGCUACCCCGGUACCUCAACCUGAAUCUCCUGAAAAGCAGAGGAAAGAUACAAAAAAGAUGAUAGAAAAACUCGAGAAAGCAUUACAGAGAAAGGAAGCACAAAAUCAUUCCAACAAACAUAUUUAUGAUGUAGCCGAGGCGGAUUUGAGUAAAACAAAACCUAAGGAGAUACAUUACUUAUGUACAGAAGUCCUUGAUAUUGCACAACGGUCACUAAUUGCCAAUCAACAUAUUCUUAACCCUAUAAAUUGUUUCACUUCAUUAAACUGUGCCAUAGUGAAUAACCAUUCAACAUUAAGCUUGCCAUACACUAGAUUGAGUACAGGUUCUAUAAAUCGUGAUUCUGCACACUUUAAUCCUGACACUGGUAAUGACAGCAAACCUCAUCUUACCACUUUUGAUAAAACAAAUGAAUGCGGUAAAUGCCAUUCAAGUGAUGGUUUUAAAUGUUAUUUGAGCUGCAAAUGUAACGAUCUCGUUGAAGAGAAAGAGAAUCAAUGUAAUUUUAUAAGUUAUCUUAAAUCUGAUUAUAGAAAUAAAUUAAGUUAUCCUGUAGAUGAGGAACCUAUAUAUGAUGAGCCUUAUAUCGGAGAUUGUGAUGUACAGAUUAAAAAGAAUGAAUAUGGAACUUUAAGCAGUUGGAGAUUUAAGGAGAACUGCAGUAAGAGUUUGGAAGAUUUAAGAAUUGCUGAUAAAGAGGAUAAGAAAAUUUACGACAUACCUUGUGAAAUAUCCCGACCCACCACCCCGGACUUUACAAAGUCAAAUAAAAUUGACUUCCGAAAACUAAGGCAGAACUUCGAAGUCGGUUUCAGCGAUACAGAAACAGAAAUAAACAAAAGAUUAUCUAAAGAAUCCCUGUAUCAAGGAAGAGUUCGUAUUAACGAAACUAAAAAGAUAUUUAGUAAUAAGAAUGGUAUCGAAAAAGAACCUUUGCUAUCAAAAAAGGUUUCCAAAUCAACAGAAAAUGUGUGCGAGGAGUUUAAAACUGCAAAGAAAUCGAUUGAAAAACAAUUCAAUACAGACACGAGAAGGUACAGAAAGUUCGAGAAGGCAGAGAAUAAAAAUGUCACAAGAUUUUCGCUGGCGAAGAAGGAUAAUGCACAAUUAGACGUUGAUAGAGAAAAUCUCAACCGUCUGAUGACGGAGAUCUACGAAACGGUCUCUGCAGCGUGCAAUAUGGACGAAAACAAACCUGGCUGCUUCCCAACAGAGCUAUCUGAUGGCAGUACUAGUGAAGAAUCCGUAAGGCUGACAAGAAGUCUUACAGAAAAAAGGAAGAAUUACGUCAGACGGGUGUCAUCCAGGGUGGCAUAUCUUGACCCAAAGAAUGUCAAAAGCCUUCGGUUCCGCCAUCAGACCUCCAUAUGUUCGUACAAAUCGGAAAUAAUAGACAAUCCAUAUUCUACAUUCCGUUCUUGGAAGAGUUUCCGAGCAUCACAGUCGAAUCUCGCCAAAGACAAGAUGGCGGAUGUGACAGAUUCCAAAUUCAAUUUGACGGAUUCAACCGGAAACGUGUUGUCUAUGAAAGAUGAUUUGACAGCGAGUGAUGAUAGCAUAGACAAUCAGAGUAUAGAUGAAAAAACCGGCUGCGUCGAUAUCGGAUUGCCUUUUGAGCCAAGAGAGAGGGGCUUGUUCAAUAUAUGUCUGUUGGUCGGAAUGAAUUAUAUGACAGGACAGGCGUACGUGAAGAGUGUGUUUCCAAGUCAGGUGGUAGUGCCAGCUCACAUUGAGAACCUGGUGUUCCCGGAGACGCUGUGCGGUGCGCAGGCGCAGGCGGAGGGGGCGGAGGCCCGCGCAACCCAGCAGUAUUCAUUAGUACUAACUGAUGAGCGUGGAGAACGCAGCUACGGGUACUGCCGGCGCGUGUUGCCUGAAGGCGCCACCACUUGUUUGCCGCUUUGCUACUGUCUUAUAGGCAAAUAUCGAGCGCCAGGGUUUUAUUAUAAGGUACUACAGGAGAUUGAAUCUCAACAUGGCAACUCGGAAUUAGAGACCAAUUUACUUCUGCAGCAGCUAUUCGAAAGCGAUUUCCCCAACCCUGGGGAAGAUAUCACUAUCUCGUAUACUAAAGACCAUCACCAGACCAUGAAUGACAGGAAUUCAGUCAAUUUAGGAGAGAUAUUCACAAAGGCAGGACCAGACCUGGUCUCCAGCGAAUCUAGACCAAAGAAGAUGCACAAAGUGGACAGCUUACCUGAUAAUGUAAAGGAUAUGCCGGAGUUUUAUGAUUUACAUAAUAAUAAUAGUCCUAAAAGGGUUCUGCUAGAUCUGGAAGGACCAAGAACGAAGAUCAUAAAGAGGCCCAUAGAGCCGCGAGUGGACGAGGACAACUUCUCCGUGCUGCUGGAUUCCUUCGGCGCUGGUCUAGUCAUCAAGGUGUUUAGCUCCUUACUCCUGGAGAGGAAGGUCGUGAUUAUGGGGAACCAGCUCAGCGUGGUGUCGUCGUGCAUGGAGGGUCUGCAGGCGGCGCUGUACCCGCUGGUGUGGCAGCAGCCGCUCAUAGCCAGCAUCCCAGCGGACAUCCAGCGCGAGGUGCUGGAGGCGCCGCUGCCGCUGCUGGCCGGCAUGCUGGCGGCGCACACUAACACUGAUCAUGUGCAGUUUGAAGAGGGUAUGUUAAUCGACUUAACACAUCCAAAUAAAGUGUUAUUCUACCAAGGAGACGAAUCAACUAUCCUACCUACUUCCAGUUACAAAACUCUUAAAACUUCCCUACAAAUGGAAUCUAUCAAACAGAAAGACAAACAAGAAGACACGAAGACGAGAAAUGUGAUGAUAUCUGAGGCCUUCUUGAGGUUUUUUGUCGAUAUUUUGGGUGAUUUCUGGAAGUUUUUUGUAGUUAGAGAACUGAAGGAUGGUGAAAUGGGCAAGAAUGGUGUCGUUUUUGAUAAAGAAUCAUUCGUCAAAAACGCAUCAUCAAAGCAGAACCAAUAUUUCCUAGAAUGGUUCUCAGAGACGGCGAUGUUCAACCAUUUCAUACAGAACAUGGCCGCGAGCUAUCCGCGGCUUGCUGACGGCACGCAUUCAGCGUCUCUGCCCACCCCACACGACGCACAGCUCGUUGAUACCCCACUACCAAACUACUAUGAACUCUUCCAACAACGUUUAACAAGUAGAAACAAAUCGGAACACAGAAUAACUGACUCUAAAAACAAUUAUAAAAGUGCUGUGAAUAAAAAAGUGAAAAUGUUAAAAACGAAAUUAAGAGAAUUAGUGACUUAGUGAGGUUUUUACCUAAAGUGGAACUUGAAAGUGUAAAAUAGUGUUUGAAAAUAAAAUAGUCUUCCUAUAAAAAGGUUGAAAUAUCAAGAAAAUAGGAACUAGUGAAUAAAAUAUAUAUCGCAAAAUGAAAUUAAUAGAAAACACUAGCUGUUGCCCGCGACUUCUGCAUGAUAUUAAA